GGUUGCUACAGUAUGCAAAAAAGCGCCUUCAUCCCGUAAUCAACCUUACCAUGUCCCUCCCUGACGAAGACGGUAGCCUACACCGCAUUCAGAGUCGGAAACCCUUGGUCAUCAUGCUUUUCUGUAAGCCUGGUGCACAUCAAGUGCAACCUACAUGUUGGACUUGAUCAAACCUAAAAGAAGGGGGAGGGAAGACCCAGCCCGACCUUCCUUUGGCUUCACAGUGCCCCCCUCCCCGGGUGGCCGCCAAGCCAUGCGCUCGUUACCUUUCGGACCUCAGUUCAUCGGGCCAGAUCCAGUCCAGGAUCGACCCGAUGCCGAAGACGACGAGACCGCGUCGGACCCGUCAUCACGACGGCGCCGGCAGUCGACGACCGCGAACGCUGCGGAUUCCACGAAGCCGUGCCGAUGGUGUGUUGCGGGGCCGGCGCCGUUGAGCCCCGCCGCGGCGAUGGCGGCGGCGUGCUUUUCGUCCGAGGGACUGGGGCGUGCGGAGAUGGUGGCGGGGGCCCCGACGGGGACGAGGUCGUCGAGGUAGCCUGUACCUUUCGGGUGAGCGAAGACCGUCGUAGACCGGUAGUUCGGGGGUUGGGCCAGCAGAGGAAGAGGGAUGCACGUACACGAAUCCUUUUCUCUGAUCCUUUUCACCCAUCUUUUUCCCUCGUUUACAUUGUUUUUGUCGCCGCGAAUUCUUACGAUCUGCACCCUCAAGCGGCCGGCAAAUUGGUCUAUGUCGGCACGAAAACGCCGGUCAUUCCCCCUCUCGUUCCCUUUUCUGACCCCCGUCACUUUUCAUCAUGCGAUUUUAUAUCGUCCCGAACCUUAGCAAUAAUGAGGGGAGAUGAUUCCCAAUUGCUUGCUUGGCUUCGGUGCGGAAUUGUUCAAUGUUGGUGGGGAAUUUGUUGCAAAACACGAGGAAUUUGUUGCGAGUGCCCCUCGCGGAUUGAAUUCUGGAGGUGUGCUCCGCCGCCGUACAUGGUGAUUGCGCGGGUGUAGCCUUGGAAUGUAAGAUCUGAGCCGUCCUUGCGACCGGCAAAUGCCUUGUAGAAGAGCUUUCUCUUCUUCUUCUUCUUCUUCUUCUUCUUCGGCGAUGAAGGAACAGGGACAGAGGACACCAUUGCGGGCGUAGAGAGACGGCCAGAAGGCUGUCUGUUGG